AUGCGUACUUCGGCUCUCCUCAGUCUCUUGGCUGGUGUUGGAUCUGUGGCUGCUGCAACAACUAAACCAUUUGGACUCCCAAAAACUACCUUAGAAAAGAAGGAUAUUCACGUUAGUAUUCAGGCCGAUGGUUUGGAUGUUAAGUUGGAUGUUACCAAUUCAACAGCUAGUGUGGUGAAACCGAAGGUUUUUAUCAUUUCUAUGUUCACACCUGAAGCAGAUAUUUGGUAUGAAAAUUCCUUUACCAAGGGUUCAAUCGGAAAUCUCUUCGCCAAGAACAUUACCGUUCCAGGUUUCUCUCCUCUCUUCCCACAAGCCCAUUGUCUCGAAGAUGGUUCCGUUUGUCAACUCACCACUGGAGAAUCCGAAAUUAACGCAGCUUCAACCAUCACCGCUUUGACUCUCUCCUCAGCCUUUGAUCUCACAUCGACUUAUUUCCUCGUUGGUGGAAUUGCUGGUAUCAACCCAAAACACGGUACUCUCGGUGAUGUUGCAUUCUCGAAAUAUACCAUUCAAGUAGCCCUUCAAUAUGAAUUCGACGCUAGAGAAAAGCCUGAGAACUUCACCACUGGAUAUUUCCCUCAAGGUUCAUAUGCUCCCGAUCAAUACCCCGGUAACAUCUACGGAACCGAAGUAUUCGAAGUCAACGAACCACUCCGAGAUUUGGCUGUGGAAUUCGCGAAAAAGGCAACUUUGAACGACUCAGAGAUUUCAAUCGCUUACCGUACUUUAUACGAUACAAACAGCACAGAGAUCAAUAAAUAUCAAGCAGCAACCCAUGCUCCUACAAUCAUCACGUGCGAUACCGCCACCUCAGAUGUUUACUACUCUGGUACACUCCUCGGUGAAGCAUUCGAAAACACAACCACACUUCUCACCAACGGAUCUGGUGUUUACUGCAUGACAGCUCAAGAAGAUAACGCUACCCUUUCUGCUCUCAUGCGCGCAGCUCUCUUCAAGCUCGUCGAUUUCUCCCGCAUAAUCAUCAUGCGCACAGCUUCUGAUUUCGAUCGUCCAUACCCUGGUGCCUCCGUAGAAUACAACCUUUUGUAUUCCAACCAAGGUGGUUUCGAACCCGCUAUUCAAAACAUCUAUCUUGCCGGUACAGAGGUCAUCAAGGGACUUCUCGAGGGAUGGAACUCCACUUUUGAGAGUGGUGUUAAUGCUACUAAUUACAUCGGAGAUAUCUUUGGUAGUUUGGGUGGUGAACCGGAUUUCGGACCUGGAAGUGAGUUUGGUGGUGAGGAGGUUGAUCCGGAUAAUUCGGUUAUUUACGUCAAGAGGGAUGGAGAGAAGAAGGUUAGGAGUAGAAGAGAGAUGAAGGGAAAGAAGGGUUUGAUGAGACGUCAUUAA